AUGAGCGCCGGAACUCUGUCGCGCAGGGAAGAGGAGCAGCUGCUGAAGAGCACAAAGGCUUACGCACUCAAGGCGUGCGACGACCUCGUCAAAGACUUUGCAGAGUGUGUGGAGGGCCGUACGCUUUCGGUGGCAUGGGCAUGUAAGGGAAAGUACAAGCUUAUACAAGACUGCAUGUACCAGUACACACGCCCAGACAGCAUGCAGCUCGUUCGUGACGAGUAUAUCAAGGUGCGAACGCGCGAGACCGCGGCGAAUCGCCCAACAUGA